UGCUGCUAGACCGGCUCUUUUAAGGCGGGAAGAGGGCAGAGGGGAGAGAAGGAAAAAGGAGGGAGAGAGAGAGAGAGAGAGAUGGCGCCUGUAGUGCAGAGCUCUCAGCCAUGGGUCGAGAAAUACCGGCCCAAGCAAGUGAAGGACGUUGCUCACCAGGACGAGGUCGUCCGCGUCCUCUCCAACACCCUCGAAACCGCUAACUGCCCUCACAUGCUCUUCUACGGCCCGCCUGGUACAGGGAAGACCACCACCGCCCUCGCAAUCGCCCACCAACUAUUCGGACCUGAAUUAUACAAGUCAAGAGUGCUGGAGCUAAAUGCAAGCGAUGAUCGUGGGAUCAAUGUGGUGCGAACUAAGAUCAAGAAUUUUGCAGCUGUAGCUGUAGGUUCUGGUAACCGCCAUGGGGGUUACCCUUGUCCGCCAUUCAAGAUCAUUAUCCUAGAUGAGGCUGAUUCAAUGACUGAAGAUGCUCAGAAUGCCUUGCGACGUACCAUGGAAACUUAUUCGAAAGUUACAAGAUUCUUCUUCAUUUGCAACUACAUCAGCAGGAUUAUAGAGCCACUUGCUUCAAGAUGUGCAAAGUUUAGAUUCAAGCCACUUACCGAAGAAAUCAUGAGCAGCCGCAUAUUGCACAUUUGUAAAGAAGAGGGCCUCAAUUUGGAUUCUGAGGCUCUUUCCACGUUAAGCUCUAUCUCCCAGGGUGAUCUCCGUCGGGCCAUAACAUACUUGCAGGGUGCAGCUCGUUUGUUUGGAUCUUCUAUUACUGCCAAGGACCUACUUAGUGUCUCUGGGGUGAUUCCACAGGAUGUCGUUCAGGCUCUCUUUACAGCAUGUAAAAGUGGUGAAUUUGAACUGGCAAACAAGGAAGUCGAUAACAUUCUUGCAGAGGGAUAUCCAGUUUCACAGAUGUUUUCUCAGUUGUUUGAUGUUAUUGUUGAAGCAGAAGACAUAUCAGACGAACAGAAGGCGAGGAUCUGCAAGAGACUGGCUGAAGCAGAUAAGUGCCUCAUUGAUGGAGCGGACGAGUAUUUGCAGCUAUUGGAUGUGGCGAGCAACACCAUGCGGGCUCUUUGUAACCAGCCACAAUUCUGCUAGCAGUAGCCAAGCUGGAGAGCUGAUGCUGCAUCUGAUCUGUUAUCUUGAUUCCAUGGUAUAGUGCCUGUCUCUGGAGGGACUCAUCAUCCUUCUAAGAUGGAUUCUCAUAAAAAUGGAGCGUUGCCGCUUUCAAAUUGUUUUGGAAAAGUAUGGCAGGCUUUUGCACAGUAACAGACAUUGGGAUUACAUGUGAUUCAGAUGUGUAUUUCUGAUAAGAAAGUAGCUUCUCCUU